AUGGGUUAUACAUGUGAAUUUUGCGGGGAGCAACGAUCAAUUGUCUAUUGCCGGUCUGAUGCAGCUUGCUUGUGUUUGUCGUGUGAUCGAAAUGUCCAUUCUGCAAAUGCCCUGUCGCAACGUCAUUCUCGGACACUUGUAUGUGAAAGAUGUAAUUCACAACCAGCUAUUUUUAGAUGCAUCGAAGAGAGGAUUUCUCUAUGCCAAAAUUGUGAUUGGAUAGGUCAUGCUAAUUCUAGUUCAGGUUCAACACAUAAGAGACAAGCACUUAGUUGUUAUACUGGGUGUCCUUCCGCGGUAGAGCUCUCUACUAUUUGGUCAUUUCUAUUAGAUAACCCUUCAGUAGGAGACUCGACUUGUGAGCAGGGGAUGGGUUCAAUGAGCAUUACUGAUUGCCGAUCUGGAGAUAGCCGAGGUUCUCAAGCAAAGGACAAAUCUCAAGAUAUGUCCGUUGCAGUUGAAGCAAAUGAUUUUAUGGGAUCAUCUAUGCCGAGUCUUGAUAACAAGCUACAUAAUGUGGAACCGCCUGGUGGAUCCACAAAUUUAACUUGGUCAAAGGUGUGCAAUUCUGGAACAAAAGGCUCAAAUUUAUUUGAUGAUGAUCCUUUUUAUGAUGAUUUCAAUAUGGAUGAAGUGGACUUGAGUAUUGGAAAUUAUGAAGAGCUAUUUGGUGUUUCUCUUGAUAAUCCUGAUCAGCUGUUUAAGAAUGAAGACAUUGAUGGCUUAUUUGGGAUGAAGGACAUGCCAGUUGCUGAGUCCAGUUGCCAGGGUGACAAUGCUGUCGAGGGGUCAGCAGUGAGAAGGGUAAAUACAGUGCAGCCAGCUUGUAGCAAUGCAGCGUCCGAAGAAUCCAUGAUGAGCUGCAAGACAGAACCUGCCCUUUGCUUUGCGAGGCAACAGUCCAACCUCUCAGUUUCAAACCUCACUGGAGAGAGCAGCGCCGGAGAUUAUCAAGACUGUGGAGCCUCCUCAAUGCUUCUCAUGGGAGAGCCACCUUGGUGUUCCCCAUGUCCUGAAAUUUCAAUGCCAUCAACUAGUCGGAGUGAUGCUGUUUUACGCUACAAGGAAAAGAAGAAGACACGCCAAUUUGAUAAGCGAGUAAGAUAUGCUUCUCGCAAGGCAAGAGCAGAUGUGAGAAGGCGUGUGAAGGGACGGUUUGUCAAGGCUGGUGAUGCUUAUGACUAUGAUCCGCUGAGCGAGACCAGAAGCUAUUGAUUGUGAAAAAAUUUACCAAUACAUAUAAGAAGAAAAAUGGACAGUUUAAGUGGGGAAAAUUAGGUUGAGGUUUCAAGCAAAUGGAUGAAAGGAUGCUGUGUUUAUUGUUGCAAUGACAAAGAGUAGGUUGUUUCUCAGGACAUUACAAUGUUUCCAAUCAAGGAAGCUGGAUCCAGAAAGCAGAUUUCUCUGCUGCUACUCCUCUCAAGGUUCAACUUCAUCAUCCAAAAAGGAAAAAAAAUGAACGUGCAGUCGUUUUGUCAAUCAUGUUAAGAGAGCUGCAGAGAAAGAGCUCCAGAAACCAAUUAAGAUUUGCUUUCUCGAUUGUGUUUAUGUUGCAUGUCGACAACUCUGGGUUUCCUCUAGCUUGCUUCUGUUCUUACAACUCUAACUAGGUGGCUUUAACACAUUUUAAGUCCCCACAAGUUCAGCUGUCGUUUAAGGUCUAAGAACUGAGAUCCCUUGGCUGUUUGUAACUCUGUCAUGGAUACUAUAGCCAGUGUAUAGAAGAUAAAGAGAUACAAUGAGCAACACAUUUUAAAUCCCCACAGAUUCAUCUGUCCUUUUAGGUUUAAGGGCUGAGAUUAUUCCUUGGCUAUUAUGUAAUACUGUCAUGUAUAUUAUUAGCCAGUGUGUAGAAGAUAAGAAGAUACAAUGAGGUCUCCAUAUGAUAGAUGUAUGUACCUUGUUUUGUAAUUUUUUCAUUUAUUGUCCUAUGAAAUGUAUAACAUAUUGGAGGAAUACUGUAUAUUGUGGAAACCAUUUUCUGGUCAUUAUGUAAUAAUCAUAAUGUGCAUCUA